AUGAUCAACUCAUUGAAGCAAUCUGUCACAAGCAUUACCAAGGCAGAAAUCAGGAAAAUGGCCUCUCCUUUUCACUUUCUGCAUUCUCCCAUGUUAUCACUUCAUCCCCCCCCUCUCUCUCUCUCUUUCUAUACAUUUUUCUCUUUAGUCAAUAGGUCUUCUGAAUUUUCUGUCUUUCUUUUUCAACUCGUCUAUAUCAACAUAUUCAUUCAUUCUUUUAUUAAUAAAUUAAUUUAUUUUUUCUCUCUUUCUUUUUUCUUUCUUUCUUCUUUCUUUUUCUUUCUUUCUUUCUUUCUUUCUUUCUUUCUUUCUAAUCCAGACACUUUUUCUUUCUUUCUUAACAAUCUAUAUGUAUUGAUCAGACUUUUAUAUCUUCCUUCCUUCAUUCAUUCAUUCAUUCUCUUUCUUUCUUUCUUUCUUUCUUUCUUUCUUUCUUUCUUUCUUUCUUUCUUAACAAUCUAUGUACAUCGAUCAUGCUUUCCUUCCUUCCUUCCUUCCUUCCUUCCUUCCUUCCUUCCUUCCUUCCUUCCUUCCUUAAUUCUCUUUCUUUUUCUCGAUCUUUCUUUCUUUCUUUCUUUCUUUCUUUCUUUCUUUCUUUCUUUCUUUCUUUCUAAUCCAGACAUUCUUUUAUAUCUUCCUUCCUUCAUUCAUUCAUUUUCCUUCCUUCCUUCCUUCCUUCCUUCCUUAUUCAUUCUCUUUUCUUUUCUUUCUUUCUUUCUUUCUUUCUUUCUUUCUUUCUUUCUAAUCCAGACGUUCUUUUCAAUCUAUGUACAUCUAUAUGAUCAUGCUUUCCUUCCUUCCCUUCCUUCCUUCCUUUUUUCCUUUUCCUUAAUUCUCUUUCUUUUUUUCUCGAAUCCAGACGUUCUUCUUUCUUUUUUCUUUCUUUCUUUCUUUUUCUUUCUUUCUUAA